GUUACCUUUUUGAUUAUAAUGAAGGACAAUUAGAUGAAUUAAUUUUAGAAAAACUAAAAUUAUGGCCUACUGACAAGCAAAUUAUACAAACCAUUCAUCAUUCGUAUCAUUUAGCAUGUGAACUUUCAGAAUCUCUUGGUAUGAUUCAACCUGCGGAUUUGUCUAUUAAUAGGAAUAAUUUACUUACUGUUAGUUUAUACGAAGAUGAAGUUUCAACAUCAUAUAUAUAUAAUGAUACAAACCUAGCUGAUAUUCAAGAAAUUGAUGAUAUUUCUUCUGCAAUAAGCAGUGCAUCGAAAGAAGUAGAUCAAUUUAGUAAUGAUUUAUACGAUGAUGAUUCUUCAUCUAACAAUAUAUUUCAAAAUGGUCAAAGGCAGCUUAAAAUUAUUAAUCAACCUUUGGAAUCGGGUUCUUUAUCAAUCUUAAAUAAUGGUGAUAGUGAAAAUACUUUGAAUUUUGAGUUUUUACUUAAUCAACGUAAAUUGCACGAUGCAUAUUGUUCUAAAUUACUUGAACGGAAGGUUAAAUUGAAGGCACCAAGCACUAUUAAAGUCAAUACGAUAAGCUCUGUUCUUCCAAAUAAGGCUAGUCAUUUAACUGCGUAUUUUACAAAAAAUAAAAAUCCUGAACAACGAUUCAUUAAACAAAGAGAAAAACAUUGGAAGGAAAAUCAGAGAAAUAUGUUAAUGACACUUGCACAAUUACAUUCUGAAGAAAUUGAAAAAUCAAAAAAAAAGAAAACCUCAAACAAAAAAAAAGUUCAAUCGAAUUUAAUUUCAAUUCCUAACAUCCAAAAUGCAAACAUAUCAGAUAAUUUUCCACUAUUGAAAGGCGAUUAUGUUUUUGUUCUAUAUGGUGAAACCGUGUGUAUUGGAAAAGUUAUAGCAUUAUAUUUUGAAAAUUAUAAUAAUCACUGUUAUACGGAUGAACCUGUUACAAAUUUGAAUGAUAUUUCUUAUAUUUCAUUACAAAUUUACUUACCUAUUCAUUUGAAUUUGUUUAGUGAUAUUUUAAAAGAAGGUUGUAGUCUUUUAACACAUCAUUUAGCUUCUAAUAUUAUUUAUCAUAUUAAUAAGUUAGGAGUAUUAAUUGAUGGAAAUGUUUUGAAGUUGCUAGAAAAUGAAAAAAAAUAUUUUGAUUACUUUAAUCGGGAAGAUGUUGUUCAAAAAAUAAUUUUUUAA